AUGACAGAAUCAACAAAGAUUGACAAAUCUGUUAUCGCAUACUGCAAUGAGGAAAAAUCAUGGCUACAUGUUCAUGAUGACGAAGAUAUUCUACCAAAUUAUUUCGAAAAUGGCAUUGGUUUGGAUGAAUUUGGCAAUGUGGAAUUUAAUGAUAUUCAAUUUCAAUAUAACUUUCGAAUUCAUCAAAAAAGUAUACAAGCUAUAACUGAAGUGGGCAGCUCAUUGCAAUCUUUCGUACCAAUGAUUGUCUAUCAUCGACAUGUUUGGUGGAAUUAUGGCUAUAAAUUAGCACUUGAAGAAAAUGAAUGCUUCUCGUUAUUGUUGAAAAGCCUUGGACCUAUAGCAAAUCCAGAAAAGAAAGUACCACGAGGAGCAAUUGGCAAUAAUUCUCCAAAUAAUCAGAAACAACCACCAGCAUCUAAUGUUCGUGUAACUCUUAAAGUGAAAAAAGACGAAAUUUUAGAAGCAAUUACUGAAGGAGAAUUGAUUAAAAGUCCUCUGAAUAAUGGUUAUAUUUGCUGUAAUCUGAUUAAGCAAUCAAUUUUGCAAAAAUUGGUUGAGAAUCAUGAAUUUAUUAUUCUGUAUAUUUCGAUGAAUAUUAAUAAGAAUUAUUUCAAUAUCGAAGAACUUAUUGAAUCUUCCGCUACGUCUUCAAUAAAGAUAUUAUUGAAUCCUGAAAAUUAUGAUUUGCUAGAAGUAGUACUGGCAUGUAAACCAAGUUCUGAUUCAGAUUUUAUUUUUACAAGAGGAAGUGGUGCAAACAAUGAUGCAACAUCUUAUCAUGUCCAUCAAAGCAUUCUUAAACGACGAUCAUUUGUGCUAGAUGGUAUUCUAAGACAGAAAUGCUCACUUCCAACUGAUCAACUACUUGUGAUUGACACUGAAGAUCGGAUCAUUUUUCCAUACCUAACAGAUCAUGAUAUGAAAUUUUUACUCACUUAUUUGUAUACGGGUGAAAUAAUGCUACCGAAAUUUGAUGGUUUCGCUCGAGUAGGUCGUAUUCUGUCACUUUUGGUUGAUCGUGAACAAUUAAUCAAUAUUUUUAUACAAUGGCAGAAAUUAAUUGUUAAAAAUCUUCUUCAAGUUGAAAAGAAGAAUAACAAUGAUGUUAUUGUUGAAGAAAGUUUUAAAGCGUUAAUAUCGGUGUUUAGUGCACCGUAUGGAGCAUUACCGUAUGCUAAGAGAAUGGCAGUUUCCCUACUUGCUGAUCAGAUAACAAAAAGUAAUGAAACUUUGGUAGAAAAAUAUAUUAAACAAACAUAUUAUGAUCGAUAUCAUAUUGGACAUUUCAUGGAAAUUGCAUUAAAACUGAAACGUUUCAUUACAUCAGUUAAAAAAACACCUCAUCCACUUUAA